AUGCGAAAGACCGUGGUUCUUUUAACUCAUGAGAGGGGCAUUGAAUACACUUAUAAGUGUGAUUUAUCCAAUCAUCCCGAUAGUCGUUGUAUUUACUUGAAUAUGUCUGGAUCCACUGGAAUUGCGUUAAAUAGAUUGACAGCCGUUCUGAGACAUUUUGCCUCUCGAGCUAUAUCUACUGAAGAUGAUACUAACAGCAAAUGUAGGGGUGAUUUAGGUUUAAUUGGUUUGGCCGUUAUGGGUCAAAACUUAAUUUUGAAUGCGGCAGACAAAGGUUGGACUGUUGUUGCGUACAACAGGACUGUUUCCAAGGUCGAUCACUUUUUAGCUAAUGAAGCUAAAGGUAAAUCAAUCAUUGGAGCUCAUUCAAUUCCAGACUUGUUGUCCAAAUUGAAGAAACCUAGAAGAGUUAUGUUGUUGGUCAAGGCCGGUAAGCCUGUCGAUGAUUUCAUUGAUCAGCUUGUCCCUCACUUAGACAAGGGCGAUAUUAUAAUUGAUGGUGGUAACUCUCACUUCCCUGACACUAAUCGUCGUUAUGAAGAUUUGAAGGAGAAAGGGAUUUUAUUCGUAGGAUCAGGUGUAUCUGGUGGUGAAGAAGGUGCUCGUUAUGGACCUUCAUUGAUGCCUGGUGGACAUCCUGAUGCAUGGCCUCAUAUCAAAGACAUUUUUCAAUCGAUCGCUGCAAAGACCGAUGGUCAGCCUUGCUGUGACUGGGUAGGUGAUGCAGGUGCUGGGCAUUAUGUAAAGAUGGUUCAUAAUGGUAUUGAAUACGGUGAUAUGCAAGUUAUUUGUGAGGCUUAUGAUAUGAUGAAGCGAGUUGGUAAGAUGUCGGACAAAGAGAUUGGGGAUGUUUUCGCAAAAUGGAAUAAGGGUGUUUUGGAUUCUUUCUUGGUUGAGAUUACAAGAGACAUUAUGUAUUUCAAUGACCCAACUGAUGGUAAGCCAGUGGUAGAAAAGAUUUUGGAUGAAGCAGGCCAAAAAGGUACAGGGAAGUGGACUGCUAUCAAUGCUUUGGACUUGGGUAUGCCAGUCACUUUGAUCGGAGAAGCUGUCUUUGCUCGUUGUUUGUCUGCAUUGAAAUCCGAGAGAGAAAGAGCCUCCACUAAGUUAGACGGUCCUGUUAUUGAAGACUCUCCUAUCAAAGAUAAGGCUGCUUUUAUUGAUGAUUUAGAGCAAGCAUUGUAUGCAUCCAAACUUAUUUCGUAUGCUCAAGGUUUCAUGUUGAUCAGUGAAGCAGCAAAAGAGUAUAAAUGGAGGUUAAACAAACCUGCAAUUGCUUUGAUGUGGAGAGGUGGAUGUAUUAUCAGAUCUGUUUUCUUAGGUGAAAUUACAUCUGCUUACAAAGAGCACCCAGAUUUGGAGAAUUUAUUAUUUCAUCCAUUUUUCAACAAGGCUAUCAGUAAAGCCCAAAAGGGUUGGAGAUCAACUAUCGCAAAAGCUGUUGAAUUUGGUAUUCCAGCUCCUGCUUUUACUACCGCUUUGGCUUUCUACGACGGUUACAGAUCAGCAAGAUUACCAGCUAACUUGUUACAGGCACAAAGAGAUUACUUCGGAGCCCAUACCUUUAAGGUUCUCCCAGGAGAAGAAAGUGAUUUCUUGAAGAAAGACCAAUGGAUUCAUGUCAACUGGACUGGUCACGGUGGUGAUGUGUCUGCAUCUAGCUACGAUGCUUGA